UGGUGCGUUCUGUGUGCGAGCCUGCCUGUUCACUCGAGUAACGACAGAACCCGAGUUCGCUUGUUCUCAUUCGCGACGCAAACUCACCCACCAUGGCAAGGCCGGGAAGGUUCGCGCUCGAUGCCAGGGCCAUUGUGGGCGCACUGGCGCUCCUUAUCGCCGGUUGCUGCGCUUUGCCCGCUGGCGAUCUUCCGCCGGUGCAGGAGAAACUCAACAAAACGGAGUUCUUUGCGUACCCUGCCGAACAGUCGGCCAUCGAGCUGAAGCAAAAUGCACGGAACCGCACACCGAUAUUCAUUCCCAACAAGUGCGCGGAGGACGAAAUUCUCUAUCCGGGUGACCACGAGCAUGAUUGGGUUUGCGAUUGCAAGCCAACGUACAUAUAUGACACGAGGCAGCAGAAGUGCUACCAGAUGUACACGCAAGGAUCCUGCCAGUCGGGGAGCGUGAUGUACAUCGAGCCAAAAGGCAAGACCGCUGUAUGCAUUGAAAAUCCCUGCCCGGAUGGCAAGGUGCAGUUUAUGGGCGAAUGUGCCGUGCUUAACGAGGAGCAUAGACUGUGCCUUCUGGCCAAUAUCAAGCUGGUGGUCGGCAUCAACGAGGAUACGCACCAGCUGGAGUGUGUUAAUAUCUCCGGUGUGCAGUUCAACCGAACGAUGAUCACGCAAAGCAGCGUAACUAAAGUAUAAGCUAGCACAUUUAAACAAUUAUGUUUUUUUAAAUCAAGUUCUACGAAUCAUUUAAUGUUUCUGAAUAAAUUGGACCUU